GGACGCGCGCUCGGAAGACGCGCUGCGUCAUUUCCGCUCUCCGAGUUCACCGACAGGAGGGUGGGGACAAACAGCUGGUACGUGAUGCCGUGAACCGACCGCCGAUCGGGCUGUUUUCCACACUGAUAAACGCCUUUCCCGGAGCCUCUACAGGAAAUGACUGAGAGGCCUUACAGAUAGUUUGUGCUUUUGUUUCUACGGCCUGCUUUUGCUGAGAGACUCCUAUCGAAGCACAUUGGUUUCCGUAGUGAGUAUUAACUACCUCAGACACUGGAAACAGAUCAAGAGUGAGCGCGGCGAUCUCUCCUGGCCCCCGCUCGACUCCUGACCGGCUGUACAGCGCUCACAAUCCUUCUGACCGACUGGAUCCGUCAGAGCGGCGCAGGUCAGCAGCGUGCCAAGGCGACAUCACCCUGUAGCUCAUGCCAAUCCUGCCACUGUUUUUCUUCUUCUGAAAGAUUUUCUGUUUUUAUUAGAGGCCUACGGAAAGCGUUCGGAAAGAAGGGGUUUUUCGCUUCCAUUUGAAGGAUUGAUUAUGCACUUUGGAUUUCCAUCCAGGAUUCAAGCUAGUUUAUUUCCUAGGAGGCACCUGUAAACCAGAUCUAUCAGUUGGAUCUUUUGUGGUUUUUGCACAAACGUUUUGAUGUGAGCUGCAGCUGGGCUGCAAAUUUUCCUUGAACCUUCCACCGCGCCGCUCUCCAUUUCUCUCUGGAGUGGGAUACUGUCAUGACUUCCCCUCUGAUGGGAUCUUUAAGCUAUCUAUUUAGUUGAUUCCAGGAGUCCCAAAUUAGGCAUCCAGAACUCAUUCGAAGGUGAAGUCGAGAGAUCUGACACUCCCUGGGCGCAUUAAAUACUUAUGUAUUGUUGCAGUGCACAAGAAAGUAAAAUGGACUACAAGCUGCGCUUUUUGCUUGGCGGGUCCAAGCACAAAGUGCAGCAACACCAGCAGUUCCAGUUGCCCGAGCUCAGCCGGACCCUCAGCGCCCCCUUGGGCUCUUCUUGCUCCACCCCUUCUCCUAUGGCAACCAUAGGCUCCUCCCCUUCUGGCUGCCACGCCCCGCCCACAGGUGCCACCUCGGCGAUUGCGGACAUCCAGCAGGGCAUAUCCAAAUACCUGGAUGCGCUGAAUGCGUUCUGCCGCGCAAGCGCGUUCCUGACCGAGCUCUUUGGCAGCGUUUUCCGGGACUCGCGUUACUCCAAAGCAGCUAUGCAACUGAAGGACGUGCAGGAACAUGUCAUGGAAACGACCAGCCGGCUCACCACAGCAAUAAAGCCCGAGAUCGGCAAAAUGCUGAUGGAGCUCAGCGCAGGUGCGGCUAACUUCAAAGACCAGAACGACUUCAGCCGGCAGGACGUCGAGGUGCUGGGCCGCUGCUUCCUGACGGUGAUGCAGGUGCAUUUCCAGUUCCUGUCACAGGCGUUGCAGAAGGUCCAGCCGGUGGCACAGUCCUGUCUGGCCGAGGCGCUAGCGCAGGUUCAGGAGAGACACGGAAAUGCACAGACACAGAACAUGAACCCCGGGCCGCUGUCGGAGCUGGAGGAGGCCGUCCGCUCAUGGAAGGGAGCUUCAGAGGUGACGGCGUGUCUCAGAGAGAGAGGGAGAGACGGCUGUCUGUCUGGGAUUCAGGUGCAGCAGCUCUUCUGCUCUCACAACACCUCCAUCCCUGAACACCAGCUCAAAGAGCUCAACACCAAGAUCGACAACGCUCUGCAGGCGUAUAAAGUGGCGUUAGACUCUUUGGGUCACAGUGAAUAUGCUCUGAAGGCUGGAUUUCACCUUAAUCCCAAAUCAGUGGAAGCAUCUUUACAGGGCUGCUGUAGUGAUGCUGAGGCCCAGCAGGCUGGACGCUUUCACACCACGUCUCAGCCCAUCCAUUGUGAAUUACCCACAAUCCCCGUCCAGAUCGGCUCUCAUCUCCUCCGAGGAGUUUCCUUCAAUGAGAGCGCAUCAGAUAACCUCAAGCUUAAAACGCAUGCCGUGCUGCAGCUGAUCAAGGAUGCGGUGGAUCAGAACGGUGUGUCCGUGCGAGAUGAUUCGCCCAUCACAGAGGUGCUGAACCAGGUGUGUCCCUCCAGCUGGAGAGGAGCCUGUAAGACGGCCGUUCAGCUGCUGUUUGGACAGGCUGGACUGGUCGUGGUUGACACUGCUCAGAUUGAGAAUAAGGAAGCGUACGCUCCUCAGAUCUGUCUUGAAGGAUCUAAAGUUGUGAUCCAAGUUCCAUCCACAUGGUGUCUGAAGGAGGAUCCAGCGACGAUGUCUCUUCUGCAGCGCAGUCUGGAUCCAGAGAAGACCCUCGGUCUGGUGGAUGUGCUUUACACUGCUGUGUUUGACCUCCAGCGCUGGAAAGAGCGCAAGGAACAGACUUUGCCCACCAUUCAGAUCCAGCUACAGCGAGACACGACUGAUUACGGCGGCCCUGUCGAUCUCCCUCCGGGGAACAGCACCAAAUCCUCCGGCGGCCUCCCCAAAACCAUCUCCAAACUCACCUCACGCUUCACCAAGAAAACCUCGUCUAACUCCAGCGCAGGCGGCAGCUACUCCAUACCCAGCACCCCGUCACGGAGCAGCGGCAGCUCAGACGACCGAUCCAGCCGCCCGCACAGCCUCCUGCAGAUGAGCAGCAUGCCCUGCACACCUGACCCCAGCCACGCGCAGAUCGCCAACGGAGCGUCCGCAGACGAGCAGGGCAUGAACCUGCCCACCGACCAGGAGAUGCAAGACGUCAUCGACUUCCUGUCCGGGUUCAACAUGGGGAAAUCCCAGCAGGCGUCUCCGCUGGUGAAGAGGAGGAACUCGGUGGCUUCUUCGAAUGCGGCCGACUUGAAGCCGCCCAGCGGAGCGGCUCCGCCCCCCUCACAGUCUCAAGUGUUGCCGCAAACCUUGCAGCAACCAACACAACAACAGCAGCAACAACAGCAGCUUCCUUCACCGCCUAAACAGCAGCAAACGCAGCCGCAGUCGCAGCCGACCUCGCAGACUCUGCCGUUCUACCAGCAUCUCUUGCAGCCGAUCGGUCAGCCGCAGCAAACAUCACCUGUUUCCCCGCAGCUCUCUUCCCAGCAGCCUCCGCAGCCAAGAGUCCCCAGCAAGUGGCCCCAGGGUCCUUUAGGAGGCCUCUCGCCCAUCGUGCCCUUGACGCAGUGGCCCACCCCAGGCCUGCCUGACCUCAGCUCUGACCUCUACAGUCUGGGGCUGGUCAGUACAUACAUGGACAGCAUGAUGUCUGAGAUGCUCGGCCACAAGCCCCCGCAGGGACCCCGGAACAACACCUGGCCCAACCGAGACCAGAGUGACCAGAGUCUGUUCGGGGUGUUGGGAGACUCCAUGCCCUUUGACCCUGCAGUGGGCUCGGAUCCAGAGUUUGCGCGUUAUGUUGCUGGGGUCAAUCAGGCCAUGCAGCAGAAACGACAGGCACAGCAUGUUCGUCAGCCCAGCAUCACCCGCAGUAACUGGCCACACCCAGACGAGCAGCACAGGGGCUGGACACACCCAGAGUACUACAGCGAGGGGGAGGCGGUCAACAGCGGCUGGUCAGCCAAUCAGGGGGAUUCAGCCAGCUCCAGUGACGAGACGUCCUCAGCCAAUGGGGACAGUCUGUUCUCUAUGUUCUCUGGGCCUGACCUGGUUGCAGCUGUAAAACAAAGACGGAAACACAGCUGUGGUGAACAGGAAGUGUGCACUCUGCCCUCUCCUCCGCUCCACCACGCCAGUGACGACAGUAACCAGGACAGCAAAACCAAAACCUGGCCCCCUAAAGCCCCUUGGCAGCACUCCUCGCACACUAAUACCAUGCCCAAUCCCAGCUCUUCCCUCUACCAGAUGACCAUCCCUUCCAGCCAAUGGGGCGAUUCCAUGCAAAUGCUGCAGUCUCCAGUGUGGUCAACGGCCAAUGACUGCCCUCCAUCUUCCGGGAUCUCCUCCGGCUACCCGUUCACACAACAACAACAACAACAGCAGCAGCAGCAGGUUUCCCAGCACAAGAUCCUGAGCAAAGGCUUCAAAACCUUCCCGCUCAAACCCGAGCAUCGACCCUCAUACCUGCACCAGUAUUGAGCUGGACUUGGCUGGUAGUGGUCACUGACCCUUUUCGCAUAUUUUGAGUUUGAGUUAUGCUCAGGAUGUAAACCCAGAUCGGCAUUUAAAGGCUUUGAGUUCAGAGCCCAAACGGGACACCACUAAGAGACUUUAUGAAGGGACUUUGGUUGUGUCAGGGCAGCGGAAGGAUGUUAUUUUAUUAUCAAAACUCGGAGCAGUAGAAAUCUAGCUGGGAUUGUUCAUAUUAUGGUGUGAGCCUGGUCUAGACUCCAACCUUGUAAACUAGAAGUGUUUUUAUAGGGAAAUUUGCAUUUAACACAGUGGUUAAUAACAUUUUUGUACACAGAUGCGUGUCAAACGUCUCCAAACAGAACGUAACUGCCUUCCACGCUGUCCAAACGAUGCAUGCUUCAUGUUAACAGCAGCUAGUCGGACCAUUUCACUGGUGGCACGACUGAAGCCUUCAGUCUCAUGGCGGCGUUCGAGUUUGAGUUUACACAAGUUUUUUGAUAUGCAUGGCCACCGUGCUCACUCACAGCGCACUAUAGCAGCCGCAUUGCGAAGAUCGGGACGUCCCACAUAACAAUACUGUGUUUAAAUAGCUGUAACUGCCAAAUGUCACGUGGGACGACUCAGACUGUAGCUCUCAGCUACUGUUUCAUAGCUUGUAAAUGACUCGAAAAAAGAAACAAGAAGAACUAUAAAUAAUUUACUUUUUAUGAAGAGGCUUUGAGCAGGCUCGGCAGAAAUAUAAUAAUCAUAGCAGAGGUGUAAUUUGAAAGAAAUACACUACUUUUUCCACAUCUGAGAGAUAAAAAAAAAAAUGCAAAUAAAAAAGGAUGUUAGCAGCAACUUUGUGCCAUGUUGUUUUGAAUAGCACUUGCAGAUAUUUUCUCUAACCAAAGUAUUGUUUAAGAGAUGGAAAAUGGUGCUUUAAAUGAAAAAAAUAAAAUACAAUUUAAAAAAGCAGUUUGGGAGCCGUAGUAGUAGUUCUAUCUAGAAAAAGAAGAGAGAAAAAACCCUUUUAUUAAAAACGCAAACCCUUCUUGUAUGGUCUGUAUGUGUUCAUUUUCCCAUUGGCUUUUUUCAGAACAACACUAACUCUUCCCAUAAAAAUAACAUGUAUAUCUUUCAAAUACGAUAUAUUUCUUGUACAAAUAUUGACAGUAUUAAUCUUAUUUUUGUAUUUUCUUACACAUUAUACCAUUACUCUAUAAGUUAGCGUAAUAUAGGCUUAUUUUCCCAAGAUGUGAAGCACACAUUUUUUUUUUUCUUUUCUACAGAGUUUAACUAUCUUCUUUCUACGGAGUUUACCAAAUACGCCAUUAUAAACACUAAUAAAUGGUUAUGGUCGGAUUGAGGUGUUUUGGUUAUUUUGAUUCCCGUCGGUUUCUAGUUUCGGGCUGCAUCUAAAAAGCCCAGAAUGUUCAUUUCGUGAGGUUUGCAGAUGCCAAUGUUGCCUGUAUUUAUGAUAUGACCAUGUUUUCUGAAAACUAACAUACUUACCAUGUUUACAGAGGAUCGUUUGCUGUAUAUAAAUGUAUCUUUUUAUAGGUCUGUGCUUUGCACAAUCAAAAUGUUAGGUUCGUUGCUUCGUCCGUGUUUUCCUCCCAAACUGUUUCGGCAUUUUUUUUUUUUAAAGAUUGAACAUCUUCGAUGACCUUGGACUGUAACGCUCUACAUUUCUCAGCUGUGUCAAAAUGGUUUACUAGUGGCUUCAAAAAAUAAAAGGAGUUAAAAAAAGAAAAGUAAAAAGAAAAGAAAUGCUGUUGCCCUGACUGAAGACAUGAGGGGCGACUGCUUGGCUUAUGUUGCUUAUUGUUCACUAGAGCUGGCAACUGAUUAUUUCCAAGUGUACCAGCAAUGCAAAAAAAUAAAUAUAUAACAACA